AUGGCUGCUGCUAUUGCUCCCAUUGUGGUAGAAGCUAUGAUAUCAUCGUUGAUGUCAACCGGUGCUCCCAAUGUCCCAUGGGGAGAUUAUAUUGGCAUCAGACUUCGGGAAAAUGAAUUUGACCCAAAAGGAAGAAGGCAACUCACCUUUCUAGAUGAUAUGGCACACUAUGACUUGGCCAUCAAUGUUGCUUUGCAAUGGCUGGAUCACUCAGAAGACUUAACUUGGCUGGAGUGGGAGAAAGUGAAAAUGCCAUUUCAUGACAGACCUGUAUAUCCAAACCGGAAAGAAAGAGAAGCAAUGAUUUUAUCAUCUUACGCUGGAAUCUUAAUGAACAGUAUCCCAAUUGAGGAAGUCUUUAAAAUAUACGGAGCUGAUUCUUCUACCAAUUCUGGGGCUACUAAGGUUCCCCGAGCCUCACCUUUCCGCCUCUCCUUGCAUCCCUUCGCCAUGUUAACAGCACCCAAAGCAGCAGAAUACGCCCGCAAACAGAGUGUCAAGUUAAGAAGGGGAGCGACAAAUAAAACUGCCACCAGCAGCGAAGCAAAUGCCACAGCGUGGAAAUCAUCAAAAAAUGUAUCUUUGGACACCCAGCCAAAGAACAAAGUCACUUAGAGACUUGGAAUUGCACCUGGAUGUUCAUAAUAAAGUCUCUGGGAGAAGAAAAGAAACAUCAUCCUAACACUGCAAUUCUUGCCAGCACGUUUUUCUUUAUAGUUAGCUUUUGGUGCAAAUUUUAUUGAAGUGUUACUGUGGAUGUUGGGCUUUCUCCUCUUAGAAUCUUAUUGUAUGGCUAUAUUGAGGUUUUUUUAAAAAGUGUAUAUCUUAUGCUACUUCCUUGUAACUGGAAUACCGCAGGUUGGAGAAUUUUGAGAAUAUGUAGUAUUACUAUGUUAGAGCAGACUGGCUUUGCAGCACAUUUCACAAAUGUUUAGCACUGAAUAUUGCAGAGUGGAGGAGUAGGAGGCAGUUUCCCCAAGUUUUGAUCUGAAAUAAAAUGAACCUGUCAUUCA